GCAGGUCAUGUCAGGAACAUACACUUUCCCUUUGACCUAGUAAAUGACACUGCAAUAAGUGUUGCUUUGGAGAUGGUUAAAGAAUUGGAGAUAGAUGAUUGGGAGCCAUUGGAGAUUGCUGAGAUGAUAGAGGAGGAGUUAUCUUCUCUGGUUCCAACUUGGAGGGAAAGGGGCUUAUCUCAGUUCCCUCAUCAACACAGUUUCAACUAUGAAGAAGAAGAUGGUGUUGAUAUCAAACAUCCUUUUUACGCAACCUCUUCUGGUUCUUCCUCCCCAGCUUCUCUCCCAGCUUUUAUUUCUUCCUACGAGGCACAAUUUCAUGGUGGAAUGAAUGCAACUUCUAGCCAAAACUGGCCUCAAGAAGCUGAAGAUCUGUUCAGCAAUGAUGAUUCUAGUUCCAACAGCUCCUCAAACUCCCCUAGGUACUCUUGCAUGAGUUAUGAAAAUGAUUCAAGUUUGAAAGGAGAAUUCCUGUGCACGGCUAAUACCAUGAAAUCUUCAAGAUUCUGUCCUGGAGAGAGCAAGAUUGCUAAUCAGCCCCAACAACUGGACUCACAGAAGCCUUCCAACAUGAAUCACAAGCAGAAGCCAACCAGAAUUCGAUCACUUGUGGAUGUACGUGGUCGAUCAUUGCGCAGAUUGUUGAUGGAGAUAUGCAAGACACGCAUGUUUAAGACUGUUGGAUCUGUUGAGGGCAUUGGAUAUCAGGAGCCAGGUAAGGUUUCGAGCAAGGAGUCCAUGGAUGACCAUCUGAAGAUUCAAUAUGAUGACGAAAAGUUGAGAUUUAAAUGGUGAAAAAAACUCCCAUUAAGCUCUUAAUGCACAGUGUUUUUGCUUUUGGUGUGUUUUAAGUGACGCUUCAUUGCGCUUUGGUUGAACAAUGUUUGAACCUGGAGACUUUAAAUAAAUGCAGACAAAUCUG